UGAGCAAAAACGUCUUGACACAUCAGAGCAGCUCAUUUUAGUUGACAUGUAUUUCGUAUCCUGUGAAUACUGUGUAUACAUAUUCAGAUAACUGAAUUGAGCUUUUCAUUUGAUAAGAAGGGAAACAGAUACAGUAUGGGAGCAUCUUCCUCUGGCUUGUUGGAUGAGGCUAAAAUCAGCAACAUCAAAGGACUUGUUGACAGUGCGUUCCAGAGCUUCAGUGUGUUUUACCGUCAGCAGUACUCUGCAGCCUAUAUCGGACAUUUACACCAGGAGGUGGAGCCUAAGAAAGAGGGGAGGGGCCUAUUGCUCACACCCGGGCCUCAGUAUGCUCGGGAGGAAGUGCUGUACCAAGGGAGUGUAAAGUUCUCCUGCUGGGAUGAGCAGGGAAAGAAAUGCAGAGAGAGAUACGCGGUCCUAAAAGGAGUCUACAAAGUGGAGAUACAUGAAAACAUGGAGACUUUCAGUCGUGGAUGUUCAGCGAAGUUGGUCCUCCAGCCGGCGGGGUGCAGUGUGUUCACCACAGAGGAGGAGUCCAGAGCUCACCUGGAGAAGACCUGUGCUGGAAUACUCAAUGGAGCGAAGGAGGAUUCUUCUUCGCUGGUAUCAUCUCCAGAUGUGCCUGCUGUAUAUCUGCACCGGCCUUUUACGGGCUACACCUGCUUCCUGUUCCAACAGGAAGAGGAACGAGAUCAUUUCCUGUCUGCCCUCAAGACCUGCAUAAGACACGGCAACCUUGACCCCUGGUGUGAUCCAUCCUAUGAGAGCCAGGCCUACGUCCGCGCCCUCCGACUCUACCAACAGGACAAAGGAUGCUAUGAAUCCUGGGAAAAGCUGCUGGGCACUGAGGAACAAGUGCUGGCCUCCCAGGUGAUGGAGGAAGUGUUGUCAUGGUUACAGAGUCAGCUGCAGUCCAGAGUGAAGGGCAAGAAGACAGAAAGGAUACGACAGUGGUUGGCAACCGUGCAGGCAACCUACACUUUGGUGCUGGUACAACUCACUGCAAGCCUGGAAGCUCUGAGGGAGGAAUGUCGUCAGACAGCAUCAGCCAAUCAGGCACUAAUCAGAUCCAACCUGGACCAGAUAAUGUCUUCUCACUGCUUCCUGGAGGAAAAGGUCAAAGCGUGCCUAUGUGAAGAAGCAGAGAAAGUGUGCAGUGAGUCUGUAGCACCCUACAUCUCCUCCAUCCUUGAAGUGCUUACAGAAAACAUAAGUGUAGGGAUUCAGGGGAUGCAACACACACUGCACACACAGAUGGACUCAGCCUUCACACACACAAUUGGAGGAACGGAGGAGACAAAGAUGGCCUUGUCCACUCUGCGCUCCAUCAGUCUGGAUCAGUGCUACAGGCAGGUGGAGAACCUGGCAGGGCAACUUGAAGACUUAAAACAGCGGUUCGGACUGAGCAGCACUCAGAGACUGGUUCACUCUGCACACCUGGAGAUGGAGAAGCUGUUGAACAGUGCUGUGUACACCUUAGAGCUGUUCCUCCAGGCAUCAGCCAGACUGCAGCCUUCUCAAAUUCCUGUCAAGAUGGAAAGAGCCAAAGAAAGAGUCCUGAAGCAGCUGGACUAUGACAGCAGAGUUGUCCAGAGGAGGCUCUACCAGGAAGCUCUCCUGGAGAUCACUCUGCCUGCUCUCACCAGGAAGAUGGACAACAAGUGGAAAAGUGAGCUGCAGCAGUUCGAGCAGUACAUUUUCUCAGACUACAGCAGUUUUAUCCUGGUUCAUAAUAUCUAUGAUGAUGUACUGAGAAACAUCCUCAGUAAGGAGAUAGAGACAGCUGUCCAGGAUGUAGCCAGCAGGAAGAGUAACAGUCUGUUAUUGGACACGGCAGAUAUGGCCAUUAGUCAGUACAGUCUGCUGGGGCAGACACCACCUCGCACUGCACCAGGCAGCCCAGCCGUGGUCACUCGAGACUCCUCUUCAGCAGCAGCACCACCCGGUGAUGGCGAAGAACCUGGUCCUGUGUCCGCAGAUGUUCCAGCCCAAUGCGCUCAAAGUGAUCAGUCUGCAACGCCGGAAAGGUCCGCCACACCUGACCUCUCAACCGCAGAAAGAGGAACCGAAGACACGACCUCCGUCCAGCAUCCCGGCGCCCCAUCGUCACACCCGCCUUGUACAGGAAACAAAAUCAGCCUUGGGUCACUAAGCGAGGCAAUCGGUUGCAACUCCGCGGCACUUUCUGUAACGCAGACGACGGCACAGCACGGCCUUGACAGAGCGGUCUACUUGACAGGAGAAAUAAAGGACAACUGGGAGAUGGAGAGGGUAAAAGAGGAGAGAAAUAAAGAGGCAGCUGAGGAGAAAGAGAUAGAUAAGAUACGUGACAGCAUCAAAGACGGGAAGGAAGAGAUACAGGCAGGAGAAGGGAAAGAAGAGGAGGUAGAGGAGGUGAGAGAUGAAGGUGUAGCCCAAUCAGGAGGUGAGCCCGUUGGCGAAGCUUGCCAAUCCUCUGAUUCGCCAGCAGAGAGCGCCACUGCCUUAACCGCAGAGCAGAGAGCGAGCGAAGAGAGGGUGGACGAUGGAGAGAAAGAUAGUGAGCUUGAGACUGAGAAAAGCCAAGGUGAGGAGGAAGAAGAGGAGCAAGCAGAUCAAGCUGAGAGAGAAGGAAAGAAAGAAAAAGAGGAGGUUCUCCAAAGCCCUCAGCCAAUGGGAUCGCAGCCAGAGAGUGCUGCUGACCUGCCAUUGGACAGUGUGGCUAUUAUCAGAGAUCUUGUGGUUGAGAUUACUGAAGUGGAGACAGUAAUCAGCCCCUGUUCCGACAGCAGCCAUACACCCUGA